AUGGAGGCGCAGGUGCAGAUGCUGCUAGGAGCAGCCCUCUACUUGCUGCAGAGAUUCUGGCUUCCAGCCUUGCUUGUUUGGGGUGGAGCCCGCUUUGUCAUGGGCGUAUCGGUCGUCUACUUGCUGAAGUCAGUGUGCUUGGAGCUCCUCUUGAAGGUGUGGUCUUGCUUUACGCCGGAGACAGCUGUCCAGCCAAAGGCUUCGCAGACUGCCCUGACGCUGACUGCCGAGCAGAAGGCUCUACCCCUGCGAGGCUGCAAGGUGACGCCAGCCAAGGAGUACACAGCUUCUGGGCAAACGCUCCCGCCCACCAAGAGGGUUGCCACGAUCUGCAAAGAGCCACCCGCUGGGCAGCAGAUGGAUUACGGAGACAGUGUGAGUAGCAAGAGCUGGGGUAUGCACUUUGGCCGGGCAGCCAAAGAGGAGACGUCGCUGGGCCAAGUGGAAGAUGAGGCUUGGCUCCAGAAGCGUCGCUGCCUGCGCGAAGGGGCGGAAGUGCACCGGCAAGUGCGACAAUAUGUGCAGCAGAAGGUGCGCCCUGGCAUGGAGCUCCUCGAAAUCGCGGAGAUGGUUGAGAAGGCAUCAAGUAGCCUGGUCGGCUUCGAUGCUCGAAAUCCUCUCAGGCGAGGCUGGGCUUUUCCUACUGGGCUUUCGCUGAAUGAAGUUGCCGCGCACGACACCGUGAACCCGGGCGAUGCCCCAAGAUGGCUCAGCCCAGCGGACCUUUUGAAGGUGGACUUCGGCGUGCAUGUUGAGGGACACAUUCUGGACUGCGCUUUCUCUUUGGCCUUUGAUCCCAUGCAUGAUGAGCUCAUGCGCACGGUUCAAGAAGCUACCGAGGAGGGCAUAAGGCACGCCGGGCACGAUGCGCGCAUUGCAGACAUCGGCAGCCGAAUUCGCGAGGUGAUGGAAGCCGGGGAGGUGCAUCGCUCCGACGGCAAGGUUCUGCCCGUGAAGGCUAUCCAGAACCUCACCGGGCACUCCAUUGGACCUUACAAGAUCCACUCAGGAAAGUCUUUACCCUCCGUCGACACCGGCGGGAAUGAGCGCAUGCUGGCGGGCGAGCUGUGGGCUGUGGAAACCUUUGGUUCCGCGGGCGGCCUGGGCUAUGUUGGAAACGGAGGCAACUGCUCCCACUUCAUGCGGACAUCUAGUUCAGCGCCCUCGCAGUGGCAAAGGUCCAUGCUGAGCUCCAGAGCGCUGAAUCUGCUGGAGCUGAUCGACAAGCGCUUCAGCACGUUGGCCUUCUGUCCACGAUGGGUGGUGCAGGAGGCUGAGCGCAGCAAGUUCAAGUUGGCCAAAGGUUCAGACCAGCGCUGGUGGUCUUCGCCCUUGGACGAGCUGUGCAACGUGGGGGUCGUGGGCAGGUAUCCGCCCUUGGCAGAUUUGAGAGGUUCGUACACUGCACAGUACGAGCACACAAUCUUGCUUGGAAGCUCCAAGAAGGAGGUCUUGACCCGUGGUACAGACUACUGA